AUGAAUAAAAAAGGUUAUCGGAAGGAAUUUCGAACUAGUAGGGAAGAAGGUGGCGCAAGCAUUUCGCAAUUUGCAGCUAGAUUAAGUAGUUAUUUUGACCGAUUGGUAGAGCUGUCUGAAGUUGGUAGGAGCUUUGAUGGAACUAAGGACUUAGUGAUGAGAGAUCAAUUGACUAGUACUUUUGGUAAUGAGUUGUCCAUUUUUAUAGGUGAAAGGUCACCCAAGUCAGGUAAGGAAAUGCCUGAAUUAGCUGAUAAGUUUAGAGAUGCACAUGGACAGACAGGUGGUAUAAAUCAGAAAUCUAGCAGUUUCAGCAAGGCAGUCAGAAAGGGCAGCUCAAUGGAAACUCCGUCUUUCGACACAGUAUCACAGGGGUCUGACUUGUCUACUGGGAGCGGGCAAUCCGCCACCUCAACGGAUCCCAUCUAUCAAUAUGGAACACCAGAUGGAAAAAUUGAAACACGGCGUUUCUCUCACCCUGCAUUCAGUAGAGGGAAACAAUAUGCACUGAAACGAAAUCGAUCUAUCCGGACUCGUGCUAAAGUAUGGGGUCUUGGAUUAGUGGUUACUUUAGUAACUCUGGGCAUUGCAUCCGGCGUAACGUUCUACAUUAUAAAUAUGCAGAAUAAAUCGACGCCCACUUCGUCGGUAGGCGUCACAAAUGAUGAAGGAGACAAAGAGGAGGUACAUCGACUAAGGACUUCUACUCCUGGGUUACAGGCACUGUCCUCACAACGACUGAGUUCAACGACAAAGGUGGAGACUACCACAGCAAGUAUACAGAAAACAACGACGACAAACGUAGUACAUAGUACCGAACUCCCCGAAACAAACCAUCCAACUCCAUCUGCUCGCUCGUUUCCUUUGCCAGCAACUGACGUAUCGUUGGGCGCGUCCCCAUCGUCUUUUAGGUCAACGUCACCCGUCAGUCAAACGUCGCCGGAUAUAUCGAUGUCGUCUACUAUAGCUCGACAACUACCCAUUGACACAACACAAGAUUCUGCACCUAUAACAACAGUGUCUGGAAACGAUAAAGACAACGAAGAACGCGAAGACAGGCCAAAGUCUGGACCACAGGUCGAUCCUUUUCGACAGAAUAUUACUGCAUCGGAGGGCGAUACAGUUGAUUUGGAAUGCGUAAUAUCAGGUGUAACGGAUUCACAUUUUUUGUCGUGGGUACGCUUUUGGGGGCUAUGGGACCGAGACCCUGACGUCAUUUCUUUUAAUGAUCAACUAGUCGUCGACGGUAGUGAUCCAAACAUACCAAACAGUCCGCCAAGGUAUUUUCUCACUCGCACGUCUACUAGGUACUCUAUCAGAAUACAGCCCGUUGAUUUAACAGAUGAAGGAAAAUGGGAAUGUUCGAUUAUCGGAACUGAUCAAAAAGAAGCUGUCUGGCUGUCUAUGCAUUCUCCUGGUUACACAGAGUAUUCUACUUUGACGAGUACUCACUGCCCUGAAUUCCAGUGUUACUACAGCAACGAAUGCUUCCCUUGGUCAUAUGUAUGCGACUAUUAUACUGAUUGUAACGACGGAACCGAUGAAUCUAACUGUUAUUCCACCUCUUACCCAGGCACUUGCCCUUCGGGAUAUCAGUUCUGCAACAACUACUACGAGUGUGUCCCUAACACUGCUAUUUGUAACAAUACGGCCGAGUGUUCUGACAAAAGUGACGAGUUUGAUUGUGGUUGUGGGGGAAGUAUAUAUAUCACCCAAGGUCUGACAUAUGCUGUGACGUCGCCGGGAUACCCCGGUAACUAUGGUAACGACGACUACUGUGUGUGGAACAUUUCUUCCGGUAUUGGGGCCAAUAUAAUCACUCAAUUCGAUUACUUUAAUACGGAGACGUCGUUUGACUACAUAAGCAUUGGUCAUGGAACAAAUCCGUCUGACCUGUCAACCCGUGUAAUAUACCAAUCAGGGCCAACAGCUCCAGACAACUGGAGAUCACCUACAAAUGACGUAUGGGUCAAAUGGGAAUCCGACGGCAGUGUUACCAGAAAUGGCUGGCUGUUAAGUCUAAUAGCACAAGAAGCUUGCUACGAAACCGUUACUCUGGACAUUAAUGACGUUCAUUCUAUCACUUCACCUGACUACCCGUCGUCUUACAGUGACUUAUUAUACUGCGUGUGGAUCGUACAAGCAGAUGAAACACGAUCAAUCAAUGUACAUUUCAUUGAUUUCAACAUACGUUCUAACAGAGACUACUUUAGUGGAGGUGUUGGUGAUGACCCGGAAGAUUCAUCAACGCAAGCGUUUGUUUAUUCCGGUAAUACAUUGCCACAAGAUUGGUACUCUGAAAGUACCAAGAUAUGGCUUCGCUUUACUACAGACGGUGCCUACAGCAGACUAAAUGAAGGAUUUCACGUUGAAUUACAAGAUGAUUUUUACUGUGAGAAUAUUGGGAUACCGCAGUGCGAGAAUCAUCUUCCUUAUGGUGGAUCCACUUUUUAUAGUCAUUUGGGACUGUCACGUGAACAAGCAAUGGAUAGGAUGGAUAAGAUGGCGGACAUAGAAGGCUGUCACGAACACAUCGAAUUAUUCAUGUGUUCGCUGUUGUCCCCUCAGUGUGGGAUAAAUGGUACAUAUAGACAACCGUGCAAGGCUUUCUGUGACGACGUUGAACUGAUGUGCGCGUUGUCGUACGAGGAGUACGGAUAUGGCUGGCCCGUUAACUGUACAUAUAUGCCAACUUCAGAUGAGAGACCGGAUUGUGUUAGGAUAUCUCCUUGUUUGAAUAAUCCUUGUCUACAUGGCGGAACGUGCUUACCAGUAGAUGAACUAAAUAGCACAUGUAUUUGUUCUGGAGGUUAUACAGGAGAAUUGUGUGAAAUAGUUGUCACAAACUGGGCAAAUUUAGUCUUCGGCUAUGAAGUUAUUAUAUCUGCUCCUUUCGAUUUGAAGGGUAUGAGCCUUUAUUCCGAGUUUCGUCUUAGCAGCACUAUGAUUUGGUUUUUUGAUUGUGAAUGCAGCGACAUUACCAUUGAGGUCUGUAGAAGUUUACCUCUAAACAUGGCUAGAUUGACAAAGUACUUACCAAGCGCCGACCGCUCUAGUAGUGUACGACAUCUUGAACAAUUCUUAAUGAACAUGAGAUAUAACAGAGCUGGGACGCCAUGUCAUCCGCACAUGGACUACUUCAUGUGUGCUCUUUUCGCCCCAGACUGCAGCGAAGACGGCUUUUACCGACCGCCAUGCAAGUAUUUCUGUGAGGACGUCCGGCGAACCUGUGAAUCAACGUUUAACAAUGGAGGAAUACAAUGGCCAGUAGAAUGCGACUUGCUUCCAUUCAGCAAUGAUACGUCCAUAUGUGUUGUGAAUCCAACUGAGAGCGAGUUUUGUGGGACCACACCAGCAGAGUCAAACCGUAUUGUUGGAGGCUCUGACGCAUCGCUAGGAACCUAUCCGUGGCAGGUGUCUUUACACGAAUAUGGUAGCCACAUUUGUGGCGCCGUAGUAAUUAACGAAAACUGGAUAGCAACGGCUGCUCACUGUGUGGUCAGUUCGUCUCCUUAUGAUCUCGAAGUACGCAUGGGAUUUAUAUCACAACAAGCUGGGUCGGUACAUGAAUACCGAACUGGAGUGCAUAGUGUAUUUGUACAUCCUAGUUACAAUAAUUAUCUAAGCAGUAAUGACUUCGCGCUGCUUUACGUUGACACACCGAUAAUAUACUCUGACUAUAUAAGACCUGCUUGUCUUCCACCAAGUGGUGACUCCACGUUCUUUAAUGACGGUGAAGUGUGUGCUAUUUCUGGUUGGGGAGAAACGUACUCGGGUGGGACACCUGACAUUUUACAGGAAGCGACCGUGCCACUGGUCAAUCAACAGACAUGCAACAGUAGAUACGAUGGUGAUGUGACUGAAUCGAUGAUAUGCGCCGGAUAUUUAGAUGUCGGUGGAAUAGAUUCGUGUUAUGGUGACAGUGGUGGUCCAUUGGUGUGCCAGAAAUCCAAUGGCCGGUGGUAUCUUGCCGGGCUGACAAGCUGGGGAAAUGGCUGUGCCGAUUCGUACUAUCCCGGUGUAUAUGCACGUAUAACGCAUGGAAGAUCUUGGAUUGAUGAAAUAAUGUCAACAGAGCCAUAAGAACGAUGAACACACAGAAACAAG